UGCUGACGUCACACGCGCAGCGCCUCGGAGGCCGAGGGUGGGCGGGCGGGGACCUGAGGCCGAGGCACAGCGGCCCGAGCCCGGGCCAUGGCGAAGCUGCUAAGCUGCGUCCUCGGCCCCCGGCUCUACAAGAUCUACCGGGAGAGGGAGACGGAUCGGGCCGCGUCCAGCGUCUCUGAGGCUCCCACUGCCGUCCCCGCCCCCUCCUCCAGCUCCUGGGAUACAUAUUAUCAGCCCCAUGCCCUGGAGAAGCAUGCUGACAGGAUCCUGGCACUGGCCUCAGUCUUCUGGUCCAUCUCUUAUUACUCCUCUCCCUUCGCCUGCUUCUACUUGUACAGGAAAGGUUACUUGAGUUUGUCCAAAGUGGUGCCGUUUUCUCACUAUGCUGGGACAUUGCUGCUACUGCUGGCAGGCGUGGCUUGCCUCAGAGGCAUUGGCCGCUGGACCAACCCCCAGUACCGACAGUUCAUCACUAUCUUGGAAGCCACACAUCGGAACCAGUCUGCAGAAAACAAGAGGCAGCUGGCCAACUAUAACUUCGACUUCAGAAGCUGGCCAGUCGACUUCCACUGGGAGGAACCCAGCAGCCGGAAGGGGUCCCGAGGUGGCCCUUCCCGCAGGGGUGUGGCCCUGCUCCGCCCAGAGCCUCUGCACCGGGGAACAGCAGACACAUUCCUCAACAGGGUCAAGAAGCUGCCUUGUCAGAUCACCAGCUACCUGGUGGCACACACCCUGGGGCGCCGGAUGCUGUACCCAGGCUCUGUGUACCUGCUCCAGAAGGCCCUCAUGCCCAUGCUGCUGCAGGGCCAGGCCCGACUGGUGGAAGAGUGUGAUGGGCGCCGGGCAAAACUACUGGCCUGUGAUGGUAACGAGAUUGACACCAUGUUUGUGGACCGGCGGGGGACAGCUGAGCCCCAGGGGCAGAAGCUGGUGAUCUGCUGUGAGGGAAAUGCGGGAUUCUAUGAGGUGGGCUGUGUCUCCACACCCCUGGAAGCUGGCUACUCCGUCCUGGGCUGGAAUCAUCCAGGCUUUGCUGGGAGCACGGGGGUACCGUUCCCACAAAACGAGGCCAAUGCCAUGGAUGUGGUAGUUCAGUUUGCCAUCCACCGCCUGGGCUUCCAGCCCCAGGAUAUUGUCAUCUAUGCCUGGUCCAUCGGAGGUUUCACUGCCACGUGGGCAGCCAUGUCCUACCCAGACAUCAGUGCUGUCAUCCUGGACGCCUCCUUUGAUGACUUGGUGCCCUUGGCCUUGAAGGUCAUGCCAGACAGCUGGAGGGUCCUGGUGACCAGGACCGUGAGACAGCACCUCAAUCUCAACAACUCAGAGCAGCUGUGCAGGUUCCAGGGCCCUGUGCUGCUGAUCCGGAGAACCAAGGAUGAGAUCAUCACCACCACGGUUCCUGAGGACAUCAUGUCCAACAGAGGCAAUGACCUCCUGCUGAAGCUCCUGCAGUUCCGGUACCCUCGAGUGAUGGCAGAGGAGGGACUCAGGGCCGUGAGGCAGUGGCUGGAGGCCUCCUCCCAGCUAGAGGAAGCUUCGGUUUAUAGUCGAUGGGAGGUGGAGGAGGACUGGUGUGUGUCUGUACUUCGCUCCUACCAGGCAGAGCACGGGCCCGAUUUCCCCUGGAGUGUGGGGGAGGACAUGAGCGCAGAUGGACGGAGGCAGCUGGCGCUGUUUCUGGCCCGGAAGCAUCUACACAACUUUGAAGCCACACACUGCACCCCACUCCCAGCCCAGCACUUCCAGAUGCCCUGGCACCUCUAGGCACCAUGUUUAGACUCUUGUGGAAGGACAAGAUGGGAGGAGAUGUGAGGGGGGCAUUUUUGUGACUUUCUGUCCGUGUUUGCUGUUUACGGUCUGGGCAGGGGAUGUGCCCUCUGACCAUUGUCCUGCACGUUUCCCUUUGUCCACGCGGAAACGCUUAGCUCACCCCAAUACACACCUGCAUUAAAUGGAUGAUUUAUUCCUAAUAAUUAAUAAAAAGGUAUUUUUUCUACUA